GCUUUUUUCAGUCGCUCAUCUCGCGGUCUAAAGUAGGGGCAAGUGAUUCUUCUUUUACAUUUUUGUAUUUUCUGCGGUGGUUUCACAGAAACCUCCCUCGUUGGGAGGCGACGGAUUGGGGGGUGGUGGUGGAUUGGAUUUCCCAACUGCGCACCUUUCAGAGUGGAUUUGGGGAGGCUGCUGCUUGUUUCCAAUGUUCCCCUGCUGAAAUCGAAACAAAACCUGGCUAUAUUGCAUAAAUCUGAAAGCAGAAUGUCAUGCUAUCUUAGUGCCGAAAAUGUUCCAGAAGGAGAACCUGUAUAUGUUCGAGAGAAUGGUCAGCUCUUCAUGAUAAAUCAAGCUUCAGGAAGAGGAAUCAAUUAUACUCCAAAUUCAAGGCCUUCAAGAUUGUUCUCCAAAGAAUUCUCUGUUGAGCUUUGUGUCAACAAGGAAAAUGACAAUGGAAGGACAGAUCAUUUUAUCUUUACUUACACAAAGGAGGGAAGUCUUCGUUAUUCUUCCAAGUCUCUUUUCAGCCUAGUCCUGAGCUAUAUUGCUGACAAUAUUAAUCAUGUUGAUUCACUGAAUGACUUUCCAGAACAGAUAGCAGAAAAGCUUUUCUAUGCUGCAGAUGCUAGGCAGAAAUUCAUGGAAUCAAAAACAGGGCUUUGUGCUUUGCAGACGUUCACUAAUGCUUAUGGAUGCCUAGUGCUUCAGAAACUAUGCUUGAGAAAUGGUUCCCUAAUUAUCUCUGAAAAACUUGAAGAAAUUAAAUCUUUCCGAGGUCUGACGUAUUUGGAUUUGUCCUGUUGUAAACUUGGAGAUGACCAUGAGCUGCUAGAGCAUGUCACCAAUGAAAGUCUGUCCAGUCUAACUCACCUUCUCCUGAAAGAUAACUGCUUAUCAGAUAUUGGGCUUCGCAAAAUGACAGCACGAGUUCGAGUGAUGAAAAGAGGCCUUGAAAAUCUCUCAGUAUUGGAUUUGUCUUCUAAUCCAAGAAUCACAAAUAAAGGAGUUAGGUAUCUGCGUCCUUUCAAGAAGUUGAACUAUUUGGAUCUCUCUGGAACUGGCCUCAAGGGCACAAAAGAAGUCAUUGAUCAAAUCCAGACGCUCAUAGACCUAGUCCAUUCAAAGAUCCCUUUGAAAGAAUUUGAUCAUAGCAGCUGCAAAACAGAAGGAUGGGCAGAGCAGGUUAUCUUGCAGUGGAAACAUGCAGUCCUAGAAGUAGUUAACACCAAAGAAAGUAUAAAAUCUAGAUUAGCAGCACAACAUUUCUAUGGAAAAAGACCCAAAGCAGAAGGAUCUCCAGAAUCACUGUUAGGGGAAAAGCAAAGAGAAAAUUAUGAGAACUUGCAGUUCUACAAAGAAAGAACAGAGACAUCAGAUAAUCCUUUACCACAAAGAGACAUGGAAAUGAUUGAAAAAUUCCCAAAGAGAAGGAGAAUUGCAGGGGAGCAGAAAAAACUUCCCCUUCAAUCAGAACUCUUUAGCUUUUCACAGACAGAAUGGGACCUGCUAAACUCUUAUUGAAUAAAGUGAACAUUUUAAACUAA